CGGAGCGUGCCUAGAAGUGAUAUUGCGAGAAGUGAAGGAUGAGUCAUGAAAGUGGUACGAGUGGAGCCAGUGGCUCAAGUGGACUUGGAGGUGAUAGUGGUGGCCGUGGGAGUGGAAAUGAAGGCCAUCGAUCGAGAUCAGAGAAUUGGAUGGCGGGUCGUACCUGCUACAAGUGUGGAGAUCCAUACCAUUUUGCGAGCGUUUGUGAUGAGUAUAAGGAAGCGAAGAGUAGAGGUGUGCCAUUUGUUCCUCCGCCGCAGAAGGCGCAGGAAAGGCGGGAACGCUUGGAAAGGGAAGCUAGAGAGGAGGCGACUCGGAGGGAGGAAAAAGCGCGAAGGGAAGCAAAACAGAAAAGACUCGAGGAAUUAGCAGAGAAACGGACUUACGAGGACGAGCGUGAUGAGCGACUGAUGCGCAUGGUGCGCGAAGAACUGUUGCGCAACAAAGAGAAGGACGACGAAGGAAUUAUAGUACGAAAGGUUAAGAAAGUUGUGAGAACAAACGAACAAGGGGAAACGCUCGAAGAGGAAAAGGAGCGUUUGAGGCGGAUGAUUGCGAUGGCGGAAAUGGACGAGGAAGAUUUUGAGGAUGAUGAGCUACGUAGGCUGCAUGGAAGGGCAGACGGAUUGAUUUUGAACGACAAACGGAAGCGGGGCAAAGAGAUGGUGGUGGGAAAUAGCCCCCCGAUGGUUACACCUACAAAAGGGCAGCGGACGGGCCUUUCAAGUGGGGUUAAAUUACGGAUAGCGGAGAUCAGAGGCAACGAGACAACUGCGGCAGGUUGUUCGUCGCCGGUGCUGGAGACGGUUGGGAAGAUCGCCUUGUCGAUCAAACAUGUGACUGUUGGAACCGGGCCCGGCGCGAGAGAGGAGUAUGAAGCCAACUGCCGGGAGCUUUUCGAAGCACUGACCAUCGACAAGUUGAAAGAUGUAUGCAAGGCGGAACGAAUUGUGUAUGGAAAACGUGAAACAGUGAUCAAUCGACUGGUGAAAGGAGGGUCGUAAAGGCUUACGAUCCUGUUGACGUACCUCUCUCUCCCUGAGACCCCAGGGGCAGCAGUGCGGCGGUCAGGAAGGACGACGCGCGCGACGGAAGCUGGUAAGGAUAAGGACGACGAGACUGCGUCCGAGUGAGGAGGCAGACCUCAGGAUCUAUGGAGCAGGAUUGGGCUGCUGACGGAGAGGCGACUGCAGCAGCAUGGUCACAACACAGAGGACGAACGAUGUAUGCGGGCCUUAGUACUGUAUUUGGUUUUGCAGGGGGAAGGAAAAUGCUAUAGAAAAUUCAUCGAG